GGGGCUAGGAACUGUUGCCUUCACUCUGAAGUCAGAAAGACGAAACGUCAUAACAUGAAAUUCGCCACAGUGAUCCUAGUCCUUUCAAUCGCCGCCGUUCAGGCUGGUACGUACGGGAGCAAAGGCAAAUCCCAUUCAGGUUAUCCUGGAUACAACCUGCAAGGAGGUCUCCUAGGACAAGGAUCUCCACUGUAUAAUGAUCCUUCUUUAUACAGUCCCUAUGGUGCCGGCCUAGGAAACCAAGGUCUUAAUUCCUAUUACAAUCCAUAUCAAGGUUCACUCGGCAAUCUGGGACAAUAUGGUCUCAACUAUCCAUACAGUGGUUUGAACGGACUUGGAGGUGGUUACUAUCCUGGUCUAGGUUCCAGUUUAUCUGGAUUAGGAAGUUACUAUCCUGGAUUAGGAAGUGGUUACCCACUUGGAUCUGGAGGAUAUUAUCCUGGACUUGGAGGUAGUUAUCCUGGACUCGGAGGAAGUUAUCCUGGACUUGGAGGAGGUUAUCCCGGACUAGGAGGAAGUUAUCCCGGACUAGGAGGAAGUUAUCCUGGACUAGGAGGAAGUUAUCCAGGAGUCGGAGGAAGUUAUCCCGGACUAGGAGGAAGUUAUCCCAGAAUUGGAGGAGGUUAUCCUGGACUCGGAGGAAGUUAUCCCGGACUCGGAGGAAGUUAUCCCGGAGUUGGAGGAAGUUAUCCCAGACUAGGAGGAAGUUAUCCCGGACUAGGAGGUGGUCUGACUGGACUGGGAGGUGGAUACCCUGGAGUAGGAGGUUAUUAUCCACAAUCUGGAUUAGGUGGAUUGAGCGGACUCGGAUCAGGACUUGGAUCAGGACUUUUAGGCAACCAAUUGGGAGGAUUAGGCGGACUCAAUGACGGACUUCUUGGCGGUUCACUCGGUGGACUAGGAGGCGGAUACCCCAAAAAGAAGGUGUACUAGGAUAAACACUCGAACGCUGGAAUUACUUGCACGACAAAAGGGAACUUGUGACGAAUCUUUUACAAUAAAAAUUUUGUAGCAUUUUA